AUGCCGAAGAUCGCUGAAACAAAGGUCACAGCAUCCCAGGUACCGUAUACAACGACGCCUUGUGAAUCGCAGAGAGAAUUGAACCACCCAAUGCUUUCAAGAACUCAGCAACUUGUUUCGUACUAUCAGCCUGGGAGGCACGAUAACCUCCCAGGCAAUCUUGCCAACAGUUUUCACUCCAGCGCCGGAGAAAAGAAGUCAUGUCAUACAGGAUCCAUGCAGAUGGAUUUGAACAGCGAAGGAAGCUCCGGGGUUGACCCCGUCGAGCCUUUCGCUAGGCGUGGACACCAUGAUGGAGGGAUGGUUGACCGUCCCUCUACGAAGAAGGGUGGUGACAGCCGAGUCACCAACGCUUCCAGACACUCCAGGAAGCGAAGGUUGUCGACGUCAGACCGAGAUAGAGGCAAAUCCGCUUCUACCGCCAAACGCCCGAGGACAGGGUCUCUACAGGACCCUGUGCAGACCAAAGAGGGAGAAGGCAGGGUUUCGGCGACCCUGAAGCCCGCAGUGAGGCCGCAGGUGGUGCAGCCAGCGCGACCGCGCUGUCUCGCUGACGGGUUCUCAGAGGGGCGUCUGGUGAUAGAAAAGCGUGAGCGUCACCGAAAGAAGGAAGGGGGUUUCACCUUCCAGGUGAUGAGGCCCACACAAGGGCCAUAG